UUGGAGUGUCCAGUACACAAGGUCAGAAUGCUGCUCCUCUGUCAUGCUCUUGCUGUAGCUGUUGUCCAGAUCUUUAUCUUCUCGGAACACUGGGCAUUUGCCAAGAACAUCAAUUUCUACAAUGUGAGGCCUCCUCUCGACCCUACACCAUUUCCAAACAGCUUCAAGUGUUUUACCUGUGAAAAUGCAGGGGAUAAUUAUAACUGCAAUCGAUGGGCUGAGGACAAAUGGUGUCCACAAACUACACAGUACUGUCUGACAGUUCAUCACUUCACCAGCCAUGGAAAAACUACAUCUAUCACCAAAAAGUGUGCCUCCAGAAGUGAAUGUCAUUUUGUUGGUUGCCGUCACAGCCGAGAUUCUGAACAUACGGAGUGUAGGUCUUGCUGUGAAGGCAUGAUCUGCAAUGUAGAACUGCCCACCAACCACACGAACGCAGUCUUCGCUGUGAUGCACGCUCAGAGAACAUCUGGCACCAGUGCCCCCACGCCCUACCUACCAGUACUUGCUGGUGUCUUUGUGCUUCCAUUGCUAUGAGCCACCGUUCCUGGGAGUGGCAGAGACCAGUCUUCUAAAGCACAAGCCAAUAACGGUGUAUAUGGAGUGAAGACCAGUCUUGCACUUGGAAAAGUAGGCACACUGGACCCGAAGGCACAGCCAGUGGUUUUCUUCUCAAAACUACUCCCACAUGAGGCCACAGGACUGAGGAUGGGGUUUCACAGGGACCGAGAGGACUGUCUAGCUUCCACGCUUCCUGUCAAAGGGAGCUGCAUUUUGUCAGUUCUGCAGGGAGGAUCCUGCCAACAUUGAUGACGGGUUAUAGUAGCCUGACUAGUCCUACCCUGACCAGACCUUUGUCUGAAAGGAAUCUUUGACCUCAUUGGCUCCCUCGGAGGCUGCUGGGUCAGACACGCCGGUGUCUGUGAUUAGUUCAGAGUGUCACUAUGAAAUUAACCCUUUUGCCAAUGAGAAAACAGUUUUCUCUCCAACAGCGUAGUCAGUGAGAAAGGCAUCAAUAGGAAGAAGACGUCCGGUUGAACUAAUGUGAAAUCAUUUGCUAAUUUGGGGGGGGGGAGAAAUAAAGCUUUUAAAUUAUGCAUGUAAAUGCAUGCAUGUGUGUUUCUUGACUGAGAUGGCCUUUGACAUUUACAGGGUCAUAAUGGAAGUCACUGAAGUUUUGUUUCCACACACCAUUGGUGAUAUAUGCUGGCUUAAAGUGUAAAAUUCUAUGCCAAAGUGACUUAGUUUUUUUCUUUUUUGGGAAGGACAUGUUUUGGGAUGCUAAAUGCAAACUUACUGAAUUGAGAAGGUCAGAAAGCCUCCCUGAUCAAUAAAGAUGAGAUGUUUCAUAUGCUGCACCUUCAGCAGUGGCAACUUAAAAAGAACUACUUAGAGAAACUGGCAAGAGGGUCCUCCACCAUGGCCACCUCCUUCUCUCACAAUGUCAGGUCCACCAAAAGGACCUUUCUAAACACAUGCUAAAAUGUUUGGUCCCAAUGUCUCCUUCUCUUUCCCUUUUAUAACACAAUCUCAGAAAUUCAAAUGAGCAUCUUCUCCCUAUUUCUGGAAUCCUUAUUUCUUGCCUUCACACUUUAGGGUGCCCUUUAAACACUCUGCCCUUGUGCGUAUAGUGAUCAUACAAUGGAAUGGUUUUCUAAUUAAACAUGCACCAUUAGAGCGCUGGGUGCUCUGUAGAAUCCACUAAUGAUGCUAUCCUUGCCACGUGGGUUCACCUAUGACAUGAAUUGGCAAACUAUAGCCCACAGGCCAUAUUUGUCUCACCUGUUUUUGUGAGUGAAGUUUUAUUAGCGUACAGGCAUGUCCAUUUGCUUAUGUAUUGCCCAUGUCUACUUACGUGCUACCGUGACAGGGUUGCAUAGAUGCAGCAGAGACUAUAUAGUCUGCAAAGUCCAAAAGCUUUGCUAUCUUACUCUUCAUAGGAAAACUUUGCUGAUCCCUAACCUAUGAGAUAUUAAGACUCCUUAAAAAGAAAGCUUUCUUUGCAGGGACCAUGGUGCUAAUGGUGUUUACUCAGCCUGGGCAGUGGUUUGCCAGAUCACCUCCCUUGUUUUCUCUGUCUUCUAAAUCAGUGAUCUUUUCUUCUCUGCUUUGAUUGUCUGUUCACUUACUCAAUUUCAUCUCUUAGUAGUUACAUGCUGAUGUCAGGAGCUGGGCUGUAUUUAUUUUUCUUCUCAUCCUUGACACACUAAGAGUGUCUCAUCUUGAGGCUCUUUAGCUUCCCAUAAAACAGGCAGGGGACAGACAUCGUUAUCUCCCUGUCUCUGGCCCAAAUUUAGACUUACCUGGAAGCAUCAGUUUUGAAGCCUGAUGUAGAUUUAUCCCAUCUUUCACUUAGCACCUUGAAGUAUUUGUGUUUUCAUAGAUUAUACAUAUUUGGAAUUAUAUAUGGUUACACUUGAAACAUUUUAAUAGCAUAUUUGGUGUCUUUUGAUUCCCCAGGGUUUCUUUUGACUGUAUAAUUGACGAUUUGUCUGGUAAAAAACCAUUAGCAGACAGUAAAUUUUUCUUCUGA